AGAGACGCGGUAAGGGGGCGGGGCCAAGGUCCCGGCGCUCGGCGUUCCAGAGGGUGGGGAGGGGGCAAGUGUCAGUCAGGACGGGAGUCCGGCGGGUUACCGCUGAGACCUCGGUGGCAGACAGGGGGCCCGGGCGACUGCGUGUUGUCCACUCAAGAUGGAGUUCCUCCUGGGGAACCCGUUCAGCACCCCGGUGGGGCAGUGCCUCGAAAAGGCAACAGAUGGCUCCCUGCAAAGUGAGGAUUGGACAUUGAAUAUGGAGAUCUGUGACAUCAUCAAUGAGACGGAGGAAGGGCCAAAGGAUGCCAUUCGAGCCCUGAAGAAGCGGCUCAAUGGGAAUCGGAACUACAGAGAGGUGAUGCUGGCAUUAACAGUGCUGGAGACAUGUGUGAAGAACUGUGGCCACCGCUUCCACAUCCUUGUGGCCAACCGAGAUUUCAUCGACAGUGUUCUGGUCAAAAUUAUCUCUCCCAAGAACAACCCUCCCACCAUUGUACAGGACAAAGUGCUUGCUCUGAUCCAGGCAUGGGCUGAUGCCUUUCGAAGCAGUCCUGAUCUCACCGGCGUUGUGCACAUAUAUGAGGAGCUGAAGAGGAAAGGGGUUGAAUUUCCCAUGGCAGACUUGGACGCUCUGUCUCCCAUACACACACCACAGCGGAGUGUCCCUGAAGUGGAUCCAGCCGCGACCAUGCCCAGGUCCCAAUCACAGCAGAGGACAAGUGCUGGUUCCUAUUCCUCGCCGCCUCCUGCUCCCUACUCCGCACCGCAGGCCCCGGCUCUGAGUGUGACUGGCCCCAUCACAGCCAAUUCAGAACAGAUUGCCAGGCUGCGGAGUGAACUGGACGUCGUCCGAGGAAACACAAAAGUCAUGUCUGAGAUGUUAACAGAAAUGGUCCCUGGACAGGAGGAUUCAUCUGAUCUGGAGUUGCUACAGGAGCUGAACAGGACCUGCCGGGCCAUGCAGCAGCGCAUCGUGGAGCUCAUCUCCCGCGUGUCCAACGAGGAGGUCACCGAGGAGCUGCUGCAUGUGAACGACGACCUCAACAAUGUCUUCCUUCGAUAUGAGAGGUUCGAACGAUACAGGUCUGGCCGAUCGGUUCAAAAUGCCAGUAAUGGAGUACUGAACGAAGUGACUGAAGACAACUUAAUAGACCUGGGGCCAGGGUCUCCAGCCGUGGUGAGCCCGAUGGUGGGGAACACAGCGCCCCCAUCUUCCCUCUCCUCCCAGCUUGCAGGCUUGGACUUGGGGACAGAGAGCGUCAGUGGCACCCUCAGUUCACUCCAGCAAUGUAAUCCCCGUGACAGCUUUGACAUGUUUGCCCAGACGAGAGGAAACUCCUUGGCUGAGCAGCGCAAGACGGUAACCUAUGAGGAUCCUCAGGCUGUUGGAGGACUUGCUUCUGCCCUAGACAGUCGAAAACAGAGCUCAGAAGGGAUCCCCGUUGCGCAGCCCUCUGUCAUGGACGACAUUGAGGUGUGGCUCAGGACCGACCUGAAGGGCGAUGACCUGGAGGAGGGUGUCACAAGUGAAGAGUUUGAUAAAUUCCUUGAAGAAAGAGCCAAAGCGGCUGAAAUGGUUCCUGACCUCCCCUCGCCCCCCAUGGAGGCUCCUGCCCCAGCCUCAAACCCUUCUGGCCGGAAGAAGCCAGAGCGGUCAGAGGAUGCCCUCUUCGCCCUGUGAGCGGCUCUGUGGUUUGCCUCCCCAGAUGGCGGGUCCCCACUCGCACCCCAUGGACACCAGGCACUGGCCACUCCUACAUCCCCAGCUCCACACGGCCUGCACACCUGUGUCUCCAUGGAAAUGCCACCGUGUCUGCUCCCAGGCCUCCCACUAGUCAGGACCAGCUUUAGCCACCUUCUUUUCUGAGUGGUGGGACAGCUGCAGCCAGAGACUCCUUUCCCUCCCACCACGGGCCCCUCUGCCCAUGUUUCCUCCACGGAAGAGUGGGCAGAGUGGCCCAGCCCCAGGCAGUGCUUCCUGAGCAGACCACCUGGACUGUCUUUCCUCCACCCACCCACAGAGAAGGAGCAGGCCUGGCCCUGCCCUGUGCUCACCUCUGCCUGGCUCAGCAACCUUCUCAGGCAUUCUGCCCACCUGGGCACCUCUCUCCCCGAAGGGGCUUUGUGGCAUCUCUGGAAGAGCAGGGUGCGCUGCACCCACCUGGGGCCUGGUCUCCCUCCUUGGACUUGUCACUUUGUGACGUUUGGCUUAUCGGCAUUUGAGAAGGCUCUGCUGGGUGUCCAUGGGGGGUCUCUCACCUUCUUGACCCUCUCUCCAUCACUCAGCUGCCAGCGCAGGCUUCACACCCAAGCUGGCUCAGCAGCCGAGCCUGGCACCAAGGGGCCCUGUAGGCUCCCAGGGCAGGGAGAGGGCCAAGGACAAUUGGGAGGGCAGCAGGCAGCCCGCAGAUGGUGGCCAUGUGGCACGCUGCUGAGACAACACUACCAAUAAACCAAACUGCCAUGCACACACUGCAGGCUCACACCCACACACCUGGCCCUGGCUUGUGGAGGGGCUUGCAUUGGAGGCAUUGCUCUGGCUUGCCUGGGGAAGUGUUGCAGGUGUGCACAUGGGCCACACUCAAGGCUGUGGCCUGGCCUGUUGUAGCCUCGCACCUCUGCCUCCAGAGCCAGCAGUAAACAGCUUUGCGGCACUCUUGGAGGUUCCCAAUGACUGAGAGGCCUGAGCAGCACUAAGGCCCCUGCACUGCUCCCUGGCAUCGGCCUUGGCCUGCUUGCACAGACUGUCCUGACAGCCUGGCCUCCUCCCACCUCAGAGGUCCUCUGGCCACCAAUUUAUACAGUCUCCCCAAGCUGAUCCUGAAGGCAGACAGAGCAGCUAGGGGCUGGUAACAUAUACUCCCAUCCCGUGUCCUCACUGGUGUGUCUCCUGGCCAUGGGCGUGGGACUCAUGGGUUAUCCCAGGCGCUGGUCCAGCCAGACACCUCCCCCAUACCUCUCACCAAGCUGCUGUUGCUCAGAAGAAGGAGAAUGCUGCAGCUGUGCACACCCCCGUGCGUCUUGGGCCCAGCUCACUGGGUCAGUCUGUUCCUGUCCCCUCCAGCAUGCACUGCCUAGGUCAGCACAGGUUCCUGACCCAUGGUGUAGUUAGCCCUUCCCACCUGGCAGGAUGGCCCAGACCACCAGCCAAGCAGGGAAAGGGGGCUGUGCUUGACAGGAGAAGAGACCAGUGACACGGUCUUUGGGGAGCAUUCAGGAUGGUGACUUCAGCUGGGAGCCAUGCUGAGCACCAACAGGAACUGUUCAGUGAAGAGCAAGUGCUGCCCGACCCAGGACCCCGUGCCAGGCCAGCAGCCCUCCAGCUUCCUCCAGAGAGGAGACCUCGGUCUGGCUGAGGGUGGGACUAGCAGGGAUGUCACACUCCAGUUCCUCAGGUUUACCCAGGAAGCUCCUCCAUGGAGCCUGGCCAGCCUGAUUCUAGCCCUGUCCUCUCUGGCAGUACGUGCCGCACCUGGCCUCUCUGCUCCCUCACACUUGAUGAGCCCCUGCCUCUCUCCUCAAUGUUUCUCAGAGACAGACCUCCCUGAGGCCAGCUUGAAUGUGAAGACUUCUGAAGUCAGCUGGCUUCACUUGAGCUGCAGAAGAGGUGGCUGGGAUGGCCCAGGUACACCCAGAGGCCCCAGCCCUUUGGCUGCCUUUGGGUUGUGACUUGGGUUGUCUCUGAGGCCCUGCCAGAGCUGGGCCUGCGGGUGGUGAGUGGCCGGACCUUGGGCAGUCAGUGCUCUGUAACCUCAGCACUGUAGCCCAGACCCAGUGUCCUCGGAGGGAAGAGCCAGCAUCCCUGCCUCAUGGAACGGGGACUCCCGAAAGGUCAGGAGCCUGGAGGCUCUGAAAGGAGCAGGGCUUCCAUAGUGCGUGAAGCUGGGAUAGGUGCCCUCCUGGGGAGCCCCCAGCAAAGCUGUUUUUCAUACCCACGCCCAGAGCUGCCCCACCCCAGUUCCAGCUCCCGCUCUGGCUCCAGCGCCAGCUGGUUGCCAGCCAUGAUUGGAGAGGCCUGGCUGCCCCAGGGGCAGCAGGGAGUGGUGGACCUGUAUGGGCUGGCAGGAGGCCAUUGGCCAUGCUGACAAGUAUCACCUGCCUUCCUGGCCUGGAGCCACCCCUCGGGUGGCUUUCUAGCGCCUACUUGCAGCUCCUAUCCAGAGGUAGCCUUCCCCACCUGUAGGCAGAGGGGGCUCUUGCUUGAGACCUGCACAGGAAGCAAGUACAGCCCCAGUGCCCCAGAGGGGCUUCCACUCAGCCCUGGCGAGAUGUCCUGUCCUGAGGUCUCUGCUCCCAGACUCCACCAUCUGGGGAGCACAGUCCUCAGGCUGCCUGGUCCAGGAAGGGGGCGCGACCCUGUCAGGAAACCUGGACUCUCAAGGCCCACCAGCCUCUCCGUGAGUGUUAGAAAUCACAGAUACAGUAUAUACUUAAUUACACUAAAUUAUUGCUGGGAUUCCUCAUAAGCACUAAUUAUACCUGAUUAUAGGUUAAAAUAUUUAUUUUGUCAAAAUAUUUUCUUGGGAAUGUGUUUAACCCUUUCUGUGUUCAUUGUGUGCUGAGAUGUGAAAACUAGCCAUUCCCUCCUGCCUACCGUUUUGGCCAGUGGGCAGCAGAGAAUGGCGCCACGUGCAGUUCGGCCCCCGGCACCGUGGGCCUUUGGCCCGCCUGCCACAGAGUGGCCCUGCCUGGGCAGCCUGCAGGCACUGAGCAGACCAACUGUGGCCAGGCUGAGAGAAUGACCGGCUCGCUUACCAGCGUGCAUGGGACAAGGGGCUUUGGAGCCUCAAGGGGUUGUUGCUGGCCUGGGCCGGAGGGAAAGGUGAGCAUCCAGCUGUCCUCCUGUCUUUCUGUUAGCGCCUCCACGCGAGUGAUGGUGCCUUGGUUCACUGGCCUUCCCCCACCUCCCCACCCUGCCACCUGGUAGUCUUGGGGCCUGUGCUGUCACUGCAGCCCCUGGGGAGGAGAGGACCCAGCUGGGAGAGUUGGGGCAAGGGCUCUGCAUGGCCCAGGGGCAACAGAUGCUCGCAGGGCAGCUGCUGCCAAUGCCCACGCUCCUGCCCCCCUCCUUCCCACUGCCACACCCCAUCCUGGGUCCCCGCAGACACACAUCUCUAACUCAGACGGGCCCAGCCUUCUGGAUGGUUCGGGGUAGGCCAUGGGCCCACCUGGGGCCAGGCCAGCCCCUGGGCAGCUCUGGAAGAGCAGUGCGAAGGAGCGCUUGCUUGCAGCCUGGCCUCAGCCUCUGGCACUGCUGGGGUGGCCCCCAGGAGCCUCUCCACUGUCGGCUGUGGGGACAUCUCACCCAUUUGGGUUACAGCCAGUCUUCCCCACCCAGAGAGAAGUGUUUCCACCCCAGAGACAUUGCCCGUCAGCCCCUGAAGUGCUUGCCUCCCCCAGUGCCCAUCACCAGCCGUUCCUAUCUGUGGGGUCCAAGACAGGCUUUCCCUGCAGCCACCAGCUGCCGGGAGCAGCCAUCAGCCCCUGUGUCAGAACUGCUUCUGUCUGUCCAUGCCUCUAGGCUCUCCCGGAGAGGGGGACAGAUAUUUAUUUCCUAAAGUUUGCACUUAAUUGUGAGGAUUCUCAGGAUUGUUGGGGGCUACCUGAAAAGAGGAAUGUGUUGAAUGUUGCAUUUGCUGUCCACUCGUCCUAGAAGUUUAGUGUUCUUGUCACUGUCAUGUGUUUCUGUGGGCAGAGCUGGUUCUGGAGGGUGGGUCAGUGCACCCGAGGCUCAGAGCAUCCAUCCACCCCACUGGCCCUCCUUCCAGAUACCCUCUCUCUAGUUGGGUUCUUGCAUGUAAAAUACUCCACAAUAAAUAAAUAAUUGAACAAAUU